AUGACGCUAGAUAUAAUCCUUCAUCCUAUUCCAAACAGCUUCAAUCGGGUUAAGAUCAGGCGAGUUGGCCUGCCAAAAAACCGGUUGAAUGAGCCUCUGAUUGGUAUCCUCCAUUGUACUUGCUGCUACGUGAGCAGGAGAAUUAUCCUGCAUUACGGAAAGCCAAGGUCUCAUCGAGACCAUGCCAUUGAUAAGAGGAACUAUUUUCUCGCAAUAUUUUUGGGAGUUAAUGGAACCCCAUUCUUUCUCCCAAAACAAACAAGAGCCUUUUUCUGGCCCUGCGAAGCAUCCCCAGAACAUCCAUCCGACCCUAUUCUUCGAUUUUUCUCCAACACAAUCAGUAUUGUAUUCUUGGAACAUUUCUCUUGUAACCAAUACUCUAGAAUAUCAUCCAUCCUCUACCCAAGUUUUGUCUGUCCAUAA